CUGACUAAUAUGGCGACCAUGUCUGAACCCCUGACUCUUGAGAAAGAUGUCAACCGAGCGAUUGAGCUCCUGGAGAUUUUACAAAAUAACAGCGACUUGCAAGCAAGCAAGCUUGGUGCCCUACAGAAGGUAUUACAGAGUGAUUUCUGCCAAGCCGUGAGGGAGGUGUAUGAACAUGUUUACGAAACGGUCGAUAUCUCCGGUAGUCCUGAGAUAAGGGCCAACGCUACUGCCAAGGCCACUGUUGCAGCUUUUGCGGCCAGUGAAGGUCAUUCCCAUCCUCGUGUCGUCGAAUUGCCCAAAACGGAGGAAGGUCUUGGCUUCAACGUAAUGGGCGGCAAGGAACAGAACUCGCCUAUCUACAUUUCUCGUAUCAUCCCCGGGGGAGUGGCCGACCGACACGGAGGACUAAAGAGGGGUGACCAGCUCUUGUCUGUCAAUGGUGUUAGCGUGGAGGGCGAACACCAUGAGAAAGCUGUCGAUCUUCUCAAAGCGGCUCAAGCACACAUUGUGGGCAUCGAAGAAAAACGUUCCGUCAAGCUGGUCGUCCGGUACUCGCCGCAAAUUCUCGAGGAAAUGGAGGCAAGGUUUGAAAAACAACGCCAGGCCCGCCGACCGCAACCAUAAAUCAACUUGCCAUAUUGCUGCGUUCGGGCGUGCGCGCCAUAUCUGUGCGUGCACGUGACAUAUCGGUGUGAGCGCAACAUGCGUGUAGAUCUUGUCAUCUCUUUCAAACAGGCACUGUCAAUCUCAUUGUGCGAUACACGCCACGCGUUCUGGAGGAAAUGGAGGCUAGAUUCGAUCAACAGCGCACUCUCAGGACGAUCAGGAAAUACCCUUCAACAUAGACUAUAGGGGGCGCCAAGCGAUUGUCACAACUGUUGGCUUGAGCUCUGCAAUAGAACUGUUUAAUUUUGGCGUGUCCCAAUUUGUCCUGCAUACCUGUUUAAAGGGGGACUAUAGGCAGGAAUCGGAGGUCGGAUGAAGUCCCCAAUAGGUGUCUCUAUUCUUUCACACUACAUUGGUGCAAGAAAUGUGGUUGCUGGGUAAAACUAGCCCCAGUCCCCCACCCUCACUGAAGACCGCCUGUUGGAUCACCUUUCUCCUGCCUAUAGUUCCCCUUUAAUGGACGCCCCUGCCAAACAGCUUUGGACAUUUUUUCAUCCUAUUUGUGCAUACAGAUUGUGUACGUAUACACUUGUCAUCAUUGUCCAAUGUUAUCAUACUUAUGUAGUUGUUUAUGACUCAAGGGCUGACUGUUAAAAAUGUUACAUCAUUAUUAUUGCAUCAUAUCUAUGCCAGACAUAGUGGGCAGGUUAAAAACUCAUGCUGGUAUGAAGCAAUUAUGUUUUUAUUUGAAUAUGUUAUUGGUCUCUAAAUCUAUCCAUGGGAAAAAAGCUAUCUGGACAUAUAAGUAUAUUUAAAAUAACAUUGUGUUAUUCUAAACCGCUUUGCUUGCGGACCACUUUUGCGAUGUCUGACCCAGCCUUGGAUAUCAUGACGUCAACCAAUACCGAUGACAACACCACCAUCGGUAGAUAAACGCCACGGUACAGAAUUUCUCUGCUUCGUUUUUUGGCUGUAAUAACAUUGUAAAUCGGUCCUUAGAUGUUCAAAUGUUGAGUCGGGGUGCUAUGUAUAAAGGGAAAAUGUCUCGUGAAGAAAUGUUCGUAUGACAGUAACAAAGUUAUCCAUAUAGCCUCAAUGUAUGUCACUGUUUGUGAAAUUGUGUGAAAGGUUUAGGAUGUAAAAUUGACGUCAUUCACCCAGUAGGUGUACUUUAUUAGUGGUAUGGAAAUCUAGCCACCUCAGACGAGAUGUUACCCGCAUUGUGGGCGAUGUGAGCAGGGUCAGGGCCAUGAAUUGACAUCCAAAGUCGCUGCCUGAAUUACGUCGCUGCACAGCCUAUGGUCAUUCGACUUCAUGCACUCUGCUUGUUGGAAAGCGAUGACAUUGUCGACAUUAAUUUUAGCACCGCGAGGUUGAGAGAAUUUUUGUGAAGAAUAUAUCCAACAUAUCAUAUCAACUUGUUUAAAUUGAUUGAAAUUAUGAAACGAGGGAUACUUCUUAGAACAAUUUGUAAAUUUGAAUUUGUGACCCCGAGGAUGACAGAAUAAAUCUUGUUUCCUUUAUUUCGUAAGGUAAUUGCCCUUAACUCUUACUGCCUGUGUUCUAAGAAGAAUCCUUCACUGACCUUAUUUUAAUGAGCCAUAUACGUCCUAAUCAUGUUUAAAUCGUAUGAAAUGACAGAUAUUGUAAUUAUGAUUAUUUGUAUAUUGUGCAGGUUUUGUACAGAUGUUGGUAUUUGUCAUGUAUAUUCAGGUUAUGUUCUUACUAAAGUAAUUGUUUGCUAUAAACUCUACUGCUUGUAAUGUAGUGUACCAGGCAAAACAAAUAAUUUCAGUGAUUAAUUACUAUCAACUAUGUAAAGUGAUGUGAGUCCUAAAAAAGAAAUCAUAUUUAGGCAGGAAUGAUAAGUUGGUCUUGAAACGUGAAAAAUCAAAUGAAAGAUGUUAUAUAGCGCUUUAGAUUGAACUACAUUCUCAAAGUGCUUUACAUUCUUUGCCAAGACUAAUCCUGAAACCUUUCUGAAGAUACCAAAGUGCGCAUACAUGAUUUUCAGGCCUGUUUGAGAAAAUGCUGAUUGAACAACCGGCCCUUAUAAUUACUUGUUUUGUUCUGGUAUUAAUGCAACAGUACAGUAUAGUAUUCCAGACACACUUAGUGGUCAGAAGACGAGGUCUUGUUUUAGUGAAAUUUAGUCUGUAGUUUAUAUCAUGUUACAUGUAUGUACACCUGUGGAACCAGCAACCACCUCUCCGAGGGUCUUCCACAUCUCGAGUCGGGGCCAGCCACCUCUCCGAGUAAAUCCGGCCUUAGACAUUCACCAACUCUAAUCUGGGCCUUAUGGACAGCACAUCCAGCUUACAACUUCCUCACAGUGGUGAAGCUAUGCCAGGAAACACAAGAAGCCUUGUUUGUGUUUACAAACUUAUGUUGCAACACAGGUUUGAGCCUUUGAAAGAAAUACCCUCGGAAAGGUUGUUACUGAUUCCGCUGUAUGAAUGCAAUGAAUCAUCCUUUGGCCUCAUGUUUUGUAUUUAUUGGUUUAUAGGACAAACCUUUAGAAGGUGAGAAAAAAUAAAUACAAUGUAGUGGUUUCAUGUGAUGUUAUCACCUGCCAUGCUUGAGGGACAGACGAAAGAAAGCAUGUCCAAAAGACCAUGACAGCAUUGGAUUAAUAGUUAAGUCAGGCAUGGCAAGACCAUAGUCAUUGUUCUACCCUCCAACAUACCUGACCGUGAAAACGCUAUAUACAAAGAUAAAAACAACAUGAAAAGUGGAACCUUUACGACCCCACUUUUCUUUAUGGACCAGUCUAAUGUAUUAACUGGCAGAGUCUAAACGGGUAGAUUGGGGAGAAAAGGUUAAAGUUGUACUCAAGCAUGUCAAAGCUGUGCUUGAGUGCUUCAUAAAUCCAACUUGAAUAUUGUAGUUUGGGUAACACCGGCUUGUGAUUUCCAAACUCGAAACUUCAUUAGAACUCGAAUUUUCAAAUGUCGAAAAGUCUGAUGGGUUCUCCACCUGUGAACCAAGAAAUUCAGUCAUUUGGCCUUAAGAAGAUUGGUGUACCGCUUGUUUAUCAUGGAUGAUCAUUAUAUAUUAGUGUAUUAUCUCCAGUUAUUGAUUAUAUUUUAUCAUCAUGUGUAAAUUUAUCAUAUUGUAAUAAAUUGAACUUCUACAUACGU